AUGCCUAUCACUCAAGUCGCGAUCGAUGGCGGCAUGCUUGCCGUAGAAGUCGAAGGCAAGGAUAAUGCUCCUCUAAUUGUCUGUUCUCCCGGAAUGGGUGAUACUCGGGAUGCCUACGGUCCCCUCGCCGCCAAGCUUGUCGCUGCAGGAUUUCGCGUUGCUCGCUACGACCUUCGUGGCCACGGCGAUAGUACUGCUGACUUCAAGCAUUACGGUGACGAAGCGGUGGCAGAUGACUUCCUGGCGAUCAUUGGCGCUCUCGGUGGGGCUCCUGCAAUUCUUGCCGGCGCGUCGUUAUCUGCUGGAGCGAGUGUCAUCGCAGCAGGGAAGAAUCCUGAAGCUGUCGCUGGAUUGAUACUUCUUGCGCCAUUCCUCCGGAAUGGAGGGAAUGCCCUCAUGUUGGGAAUUCUUCGUGUGGCCCUUUGGUGGCCUUGGGGUCCAUAUGUGUGGAGAGCGUACUCUCGAACAUUGUGGCCUGGUCUUGGAGAUAAGUCGAAGGCGAGAGCGAAUAGUUCUACAGCAUUACUCGAGCGACCGGGGAGGUGGUCGGCAUUUCAUGCAACUGUUGUGGGUGCCAAUCAUAAUGUUGUCACACCGUGGCUGGGAAAGACCAAAGCUCCAGCGUUGGUGGUCAUUGGGGAUAAGGAUCCUGACUGGUCGGAUCCACUCAAAGAAGCCGAAUGGGUGGCAUCGAACUUCAAAGAUGUAGAAACUGUGGUAGUGCCUGGUGUUGGUCAUGCGCCAAUGUUAGAGAGUCCGGAAGUAGUGGCAGCGGGGGUUCUGAAGUUUCUGGAGAGGAUAAAAUUUGGUGGAAGGAAGUGA